CGCGCGGGCUGCGCCCGAGUGCGGGCGGGCGGGCGACAGGCGGUGCGGCCAGCGGGCUCGAGCAGUGAACAGCAGCCGCGCGCCCCGCUGGGCUCCCGGGCACUGGCCCGGCUCCUGAGCGCUCCUGGGCAUUGGCUGUGCGGCUGACACUCAGAAGCCAGGACUCCCCACGCCUCCUACAACGCGCGCGCGCGGACGAGGUCCCCGAGGGAAAGGCUAUUCGGGGACCGCCGCACGACUGGCUGGAGAUCUAAGGGAGCAGAAAACACUCAAGCUGGAUUUUUAAGUCAUUGCACAUUAACAAUAAACCACAAGUUGCAAAAUGUGAUCCUGAGUAAAAUGCUUCUGAAAAAUUAGCUUCAAGCAACAGAGGAAAGAAAACUGGAGGGCCGUUUAAAACACUGGUCUAAAUCAAACUGUUCUUGUUGGAAAUUACAACUGGAAAGUUUCGCCUGGCUCUCAACAUACCCAAAUGAAAGGCACUGUCAACUCGUUUCCAACAGAGACCAGGAUUAUGUGAGAUUACCUGUUAUCUUAACAUGAUCACCAGGGGAGGGAACACAGAAGAGUAACUGAAGGACACAGGUCAAGAUGACUUCUGAAGAAAUGGCCGCUUCCGUCCUCAUCCCUGUGACUCAGAGGACAGUGGCUUCUGCCCAGUCGGCAGUGGGAGAGGACAAGAGUGAACAGGUCUCAGAUGCUGGUGUUCCAAAGGUACGCGCUGGCAGGCGCAGCGGCCAGAUCCCUCAGACCCUCUCACAGUGGAACAAGCCUGAGGCAGAGCCUUCUAGAAGCGAUUUGUCCCAGGUCCUCUCAAUAGCAACGGGAGGAAUAAUGAGUGAUGAGAACCACAAUGAACAGUGCUGGGAGCAAAACUUGCCAGAUUCUGUGAGAAACCGCACCAUUAACUGCAACAGCCUAUUGCAAAGUCACCAGUGUGACCCUCCUCGGAACCAGCUUCGUGGGGCCUGUGACUCUGUCGCAGAAGAGGGCCUGUGUUUGCAAACUGGAAUUUCUUCUCCACUGGAAAUGAAGGCAUUCCCUGGAAUUAAACUGGAAAUGGGUGAUCCUCCCAUGGAUGUGAGCCCUUUGGGAAACGAGCCUGGAAUCACAGAGACCAGCGGACCUCAGCCUGACAGCAACAUGGCAGUCUUUCAUUUCCGUUAUGAAGCGGACAGAACAAUGUCCAAUGCUUUCCAUUCCUUGUCAGAAAAAUUAAUUUUGGAUGACUGUGCAAACUACAUUGCUCUUCCUGGGGGGCAGCAGAAGAAACAUUACGAGGCGUAUACUUGUAAGCUAGUGGAACUGACCAAAGACUGUGGCAAUAAGAACGGGCAGCUGCAGUGCGAACAUUGCAGCUUGCUGCACAGCAAAUGCCUACGCUUUGAAAGCUCCUGCCCGCAGGCUGACGUGGGCUGCUCAGGGGCUGGAUUUUGCAGGGAGGGUUUCACUCACAAUCCACCUGCCAAGACUUGCCUGAGCCCUUUGGAGGAUUUCUCUGACAAUUGUGAAGACAUAGACGAUUUUUUGAAAAGCAAAAAGGAACGGUCCACUUUGCUAGUGAGAAGGUUUUGUAAAAAUGACAGGGAAGUGAAGAAGUCAGUGUACACUGGCACUAGAGCGAUCGUGAGGACCCUGCCUUCUGGCCGUAUUGGGCCAGCUGCUUGGAGCCAUGUGGAUCGGAAGAGAGCGAGGCUCUUAGGGUCUUGUGGGGAUGCAAUGGAACCUCUGUCAGCAAUGGAUGCAAGACCACGUGGGAGCCUAUGUCUGUCUGAAGCCCAGUGGUGUCUGCUCUACGGUGCCGUGAGAAGAGGAGAAGAAGCAGAAGCUACGGUUGGAUCUCUCCUGCGCUGCUCCAGACAGCUCCCCGCCUCCGAGACAGCCUGCGGAAGAAUUAGAGACGGCCCAUGCAUAAAACCAUGUGUACGAGACACCGAGUGUGAGUUCCGUGCCACCCCCCAAAGGACAUCCCUAGCUCAGUACAUCACUGGCUCUCUUCUGGAGGCCACCACCUCUUUAGGAGCAAGAAGUGGCCUUCUCAGUACCUUCGGAGGAUCCACUGGACGAAUAAUGCUGAAAGAACGCCAACCAGGCAUCUCUAUGGCCAAUUCCAAUACUGUUCCUUCAAGUUCAGCUGGCAUCAGCAAGGAGCUGCUUGAUCUCCAGCCCCUCAUUCAGUUUCCGGAGGAAGUGGCCAGCAUCCUGACAGAACAGGAGCAGAACAUUUACCGAAGGGUCCUGCCCAUAGACUACCUUUGUUUCUUAACCCGGGACUUGAGUUCCCCUGAAUGCCAGAGCUCCCUGCCCCGGCUCAAAGCAUCCAUCCUCACCUCUCAGAAUGGCGAGCACAAUGCCCUUGAAGACCUCGUGAUGAGAUUCAAUGAGGUGAGUUCCUGGGUGACAUGGCUGAUCCUCACAGCAGGCUCCAUGGAGGAGAAACGGGAAGUCUUCUCACAUCUGGUGCAUGUGGCCAAAUGCUGCUGGAACAUGGGCAACUACAAUGCUGUCAUGGAGUUCCUGGCUGGCCUCAGGUCAAGGAAAGUUCUGAAGAUGUGGCAGUUCAUGGAUCAGUCUGACAUUGAGACCAUGAGGAGCCUGAAGGAUGCCAUGGCCCAGCAUGAGUCUUCCCUGGAGUACAAGAAGGUGGUGACCCGUGCUCUGCACAUCCCUGGCUGUAAGGUGGUUCCCUUCUGUGGGGUGUUCCUGAAGGAGCUCUGUGAAGUGCUUGAUGGUGCCUCCAGCCUCCUGAAGCUCUGCCCACGGUACAGCUCCCAAGAAGAAGCUCUGGAGUUUGUAGCUGAUUACAGUGGGCAAGACAACUUCUUACAACGCGUGGGGCAGAAUGGCUUGAAGAAUUCAGAGAAGGAGUCCACGGUCAACAGCAUCUUUCAGAUCAUCCGGAGCUGCAGCCGAAGCUUGGAGAUGGAGGAGGAGGACAGCUCCAGCGAAGGGACUGGCUCCAGGAAGAACUCCUUGAAGGACAGGACCCGAUGGCAGUUUAUAAUUGGAGAUUUGCUGGAUUCUGAAAAUGAUAUCUUUGAGAAGUCCAGAGAAUGCGACCCUCAUGGAUCAGAUGAGUCGCAGAAGGCCUUCGACCACGGGACAGAGCUCAUCCCGUGGUACGUGCUGUCCAUCCAAGCUGAUGUGCACCAGUUCCUAUUGCAGGGGGCCACAGUCAUCCACUAUGACCAGGACACACACCUCUCUGCCCGCUGCUUUCUCCAGUUACAGCCUGACAAUAGUACCUUGACCUGGAUGAAGCCUCCCACCACCUCCCCGGCCGGUGCCAGACCCAAGCUUGGUAUGCUUAGCAAUAUGUCUGAACCUGGCAAGUUCCCAUCACUAGGCAAUGCUGGGCUGAGUGGCCUGGCCGAGGGAAUCCUGGAUCUGUUUUCGGUGAAGGCGGUGUACAUGGGACACCCAGGCAUUGAUAUACACACUGUGUGUGUUCAGAACAAACUGAGCAGCCUGCUUCUCUCCGAGGCUGGAGUGACCCUGCUCUAUGGGCUCCAGACCACCGACAAUAGACUCUUGCACUUUGUGGCCCCGAAGCACACAGCUAAGAUGCUUUUCAGUGGAUUGCUGGAACUCACGACAGCUGUGAGAAAGAUAAAGCGGUUUCCUGACCAAAGACAGCAGUGGCUUCGGAAACAGUAUGUCAGCCUCUAUCAGGAGGAUGGUCGGUAUGAAGGCCCAACCUUGGCUCAUGCUGUGGAGUUGUUUGGUGGCAGACGAUGGAACGCUAGAAACCCCAGCCCUGGAAUGUCAGCAAAGAAUGCUGAGAAGCCCAGCAUGCAGAGAAACAACACCCUGGGCAUAAGCACCACCAAGAAAAAGAAGAAAAUGCUCAUGAGGGGAGAGAGUGGAGAGGCAACUGAUGACGAGAUGGUGACCCGCAAGGCCAAGAUGUACAGGGAGUGUCGAAGCCGGAGCGGUUCUGAUCCCCAGGACGUGAACGAGCGAGAAGAGUUGGAAGCCAAUGUCAUCACCAACCCUCCCAACCCCCUCCAUUCCAGAAGAGCUCACUCUUUGACCACGGCUGGGUCCCCCAACUUGGCUACCGGGACGUCAUCUCCCAUCAGUGCCUGGAGCAGCAGCAGCUGGCAUGGGCGGAUCAAAGGAGGGAUGAAGGGUUUCCAGAGCUUUAUGGUUUCAGACAGUAACAUGAGCUUCAUUGAAUUUGUCGAGCUGUUCAAAUCAUUCAGUGUAAGGAGUCGCAAGGACCUGAAGGACAUUUUUGACAUCUACUCUGUGCCCUGCAAUCGGUCUGCCUCUGAGUCAGCCCCCCUGUACACCAAUCUGACCAUUGAAGAAAACACCAGUGACCUUCAGCCUGACCUAGAUUUGCUGACCAGAAACGUCUCAGACUUGGGGCUGUUCAUUAAGAGUAAACAGCAGCUUUCUGACAACCAGAGGCAGAUAUCCGAUGCCAUUGCAGCUGCCAGCAUUGUGACCAAUGGCACUGGGAUUGAGAGCACAUCCCUGGGCAUAUUCGGGGUUGGCAUACUCCAGCUCAAUGACUUCCUGGUGAAUUGCCAAGGAGAACACUGCACGUAUGAUGAAAUUCUCAGCAUCAUCCAGAAAUUCGAGCCUAGCAUCAGCAUGUGUCAUCAGGGCCUAAUGUCGUUUGAAGGAUUUGCAAGGUUUCUGAUGGAUAAGGACAAUUUCGCCUCACGAAAUGACGAGUCACAGGAGAGCAAGAAAGAGCUGCAGCUGCCCCUCUCGUACUAUUACAUUGAAUCUUCACACAACACCUACCUCACAGGCCACCAGCUCAAGGGGGAGUCCUCCGUGGAGCUCUACAGCCAGGUCCUCUUGCAAGGAUGCAGAAGCAUAGAGCUGGACUGCUGGGAUGGAGAUGACGGCAUGCCCAUCAUUUAUCAUGGACAUACACUGACGACCAAGAUCCCCUUCAAGGAAGUGGUGGAAGCCAUCGAUCGCAGUGCCUUCAUCACCUCUGACCUGCCAAUUAUCAUCUCCAUUGAGAACCACUGCUCAUUGCCUCAACAACGAAAGAUGGCAGAGAUUUUCAAGAGUGUGUUUGGAGAAAAGCUGGUGGCUAAAUUCCUAUUCGAGACCGAUUUCUCAGACGACCCAAUGCUUCCCUCACCUGACCAACUUAGGAGGAAAGUGCUUCUUAAAAACAAGAAGCUAAAGGCCCACCAGACGCCAGUUGACAUCCUAAAACAAAAGGCUCAUCAGUUAGCAUCCAUGCAAGCACAGGCUUUCACUGGUGGGAAUACCAACCCUACACCUGCCAGUAAUGAGGAAGAGGAAGAUGAAGAGGAUGAAUAUGAUUAUGAUUAUGAAUCCCUUUCCGAUGACAAUAUUCUGGAAGACAAACCUGAAAACAAAGUGUGUGCUGACAAGCUUCAGUUUGAGUACAAUGAAGAAAUCCCCAAGAGGAUAAAGAAAGCGGAUAACUCUUCUUGCAGUAAGGGAAAGGUGUAUGACAUGGAACUGGGAGAGGAGUUUUACCUCCCUCAGAACAAAAAGGAAAGCAGGCAGAUUGCACCGGAGCUCUCUGACCUCAUCAUCUACUGCCAGGCAGUAAAAUUUCCGGGCCUGUCAACUCUAAAUUCAUCUGGCUCUAGCAGAGGGAAAGAAAGGAAAAGCAGGAAGUCCAUUUUUGGCAACAAUCCUGGCAGAAUGAGCCCAGGGGAGACAGCAUCAUUCAACAGAACAUCUGGAAAAAGUGCCUACGAAGGAAUUCGACAAACCUGGGAGGAAUCAUCUCCACUCAGCCCAAGCACGUCCCUCAGCGCUAUCAUUAGAACUCCCAAAUGCUAUCAUAUCUCAUCACUGAAUGAAAAUGCCGCCAAACGUCUAUGUCGCAGGUAUUCUCAGAAACUGAUCCAGCACACAGCUUGCCAGCUGCUGAGGACCUACCCCGCGGCGACCCGAAUCGACUCAUCCAACCCCAACCCCAUCAUGUUUUGGCUCCACGGCAUACAGCUUGUAGCCCUCAACUACCAGACGGAUGAUCUUCCUUUACAUUUAAACGCUGCGAUGUUUGAGGCUAAUGGUGGCUGCGGUUACAUUUUGAAGCCCCCUGUCCUGUGGGAUAAAAGUUGCCCCAUGUACCAGAAGUUUUCUCCCCUAGAAAGAGACCUAGACAACAUGGACCCUGCUAUCUAUUCUUUAACUAUCAUCUCUGGCCAAAACGUGUGCCCCAGUAACAGCACCGGAAGUCCAUGCAUCGAGGUUGACGUCUUGGGCAUGCCGCUGGACAGCUGCCAUUUCCGCACAAAGCCCAUCCAUCGAAACACUCUUAACCCCAUGUGGAACGAACAAUUUCUCUUCCGGGUUCACUUUGAAGAUCUUGUGUUUCUUCGUUUUGCAGUUGUGGAAAACAACAGUUCAGCAGUAACAGCUCAGAGAAUCAUUCCACUCAAAGCUUUAAAGCGAGGUUAUCGACAUCUUCAGCUGCGGAACCUCCACAAUGAAAUAUUGGAAAUCUCUAGCUUAUUCAUAAACAGCAGAAGGAUGGAAGAAAAUACCCCUGGCAGCAGCAUGCCAGCCUCUUUGAUGUUUAAUUCUGAAGAGAGGAAAUGUUCUCAGACUCACAGAGUCACCGUGCACGGUGUCCCGGGUCCAGAGCCCUUUGCUGUUUUCACUAUAAAUGGAGGCACCAAGGCAAAGCAGCUUCUCCAACAGAUUCUGGUGAUAGACCAAGACACCAAACUCACCGCCACAGACUGUUUUCUGAUGGAAGAGAAGCAUUUUAUUUCUAAGGAGAAGAAUGAGUGCAAGAAACAACCAUUCCAGAGAGCGGUGGGUCCAGAAGAAGAUCUCGUGCAGAUUUUAAACAGCUGGUUCCCAGAAGAAGGCUACGUAGGCAGGAUCGUCUUAAAGUCCCAACAGGAAACCCUAGAAGAGAAAAGCAUUGUCCAAGAUGACAAAGAGGUGGUCUUGAGCUCAGAAGAGGAGAGUUUCUUUGUCCAAGUUCAUGAUGUCUCUCCAGAGCAACCCCGGACCGUCAUCAAAGCCCCCCGGGUUAGCACUGCACAGGAUGUCAUUCAGCAGACGUUAUGCAAAGCCAAAUAUUCCUACAGCAUCCUGAACAACCCCAACCCAGGCGACUAUGUGCUUUUAGAAGAGGUGAUGAAAGAUGCACCCAAUAAGAAGUCUUCUACUCCAAAGUCCUCACAGAGGAUCCUUUUGGACCAAGAGUGUGUGUUUCAAGCCCAAAGCAAGUGGAAAGGUGCAGGGAAAUUCAUCCUGAAGCUAAAGGAGCAGGUUCAGGCAUCCCGAGAAGAUAAAAGGAGGGGCAUCUCCUUUGCAAGUGAACUCAAGAAACUCACUAAGUCCACUAAGCAGCCCCGAGGACUCACCUCGCCUCCUCAGCUUGUGGCCUCAGAAAGUGUCCAAGUCAAGGAGGAGAAACCUGUGGGUGCCUUGUCCCCCAGUGACGCAGUGGGUUACCAGCAGUGACAGAGGGCAGCGUGUUUGACCCAGGUAUAUUAAGGUGAAGAUCCUUGGUGAGAAGCGCCGAAGAAUGAACAUGGUGGAGAAAACAUACUUUACUUCCAUCAAAUGGAAACUGGAAAGUGAUGGUUUCUCAACUCCUGCCCUCUUCACACCUGAUGUGAGGAACGCGACGGGGAGGACAAGCCGAGUGGCACGGGGCUGCCAACCGAUUUCCUGAGGAAUGGAGCAAGGACACCCAGGGCAUUGCACAGAUGUUACAGGUGGAAAAGCCAGGCCCAGGCUUAAGGCAACCAGCGUCAUCUGUAAAGGGACAGGCGGUACACAUUUUAGGGUCGGGGCCAUACAGCUUCGGGUGGCUUCGACUCAGUUCUGUCACAGGAGUGCAAAAGGCAGCUGCGGACAACAGGUACAAGAAUGAACAUGACUGAACAACAGAAUUCUAUUUAUGGACACAUGACUUGGAAUUUCAUAUCAUUUUCACAUAUCAUAAAUCUUUCAAGUGUUCCAACCACUUAAGAUUGUAAAAGCUAUUCUUAAGGUUAAGGGUCAUACAAAAACACAUGACUUUGGCCCAAGGACCAGCUGGCUGACCCAACAUGGAGAACUGGGAACCAGAGGCACAGUGAUCGGAAAACCUUGAGAACUGGCCAUAGGUUUAAUGAGAGGUGGAAGUCUAGGGCAUUGGAAAUGUAAAUGUGUCCUGUAAGGUUUGUUAACAAUUAUUCAAAUUAGUUCCUAUAUUGUGUACCAAGGUGCACUCUUUAGGCUGCCUUUUUGCAAAUAGAAACGUUCUUUUUUUUUCAAAAGCUAUUAUUCAUAUGCCCACGGAUUGUUCCAUUUUCAGUUCUCACAAAAUGAAUUUAGAAUGAUGUACAAUUUAAUAUCUACUGAAUUGUGAUGUCUUAAUAAGAUUAAUCAUUUUUAAAAAGCAAAAGCAGACUAAGUUGAUGUUUAAAGUAGAUUUAUUUAUUUUGCAAUGUUUGUACUGACACUGUACUUGUGUAUUUAUUAGACAUAGCUUUCUUGAUAUUGCUAUGGGUUACAAGCAUUACUGGUUCAAUCUAUUUUAAGACAUCCUAAAAAUAAAACAUUUGAACAUGAAACGUGGGCUAGACAUCUAGUGCAAUGGCAUAUGAUUUACUGAAGAGCCACGAAUCCGAGUCACACUUGUCAUCUGAUGUAAAUUAUUUAUAAAACUGUCCAUCACAAAACUGUCAACUAGCUGGGCAGUUGUGGUGCACACCUGAAAUCCAAGCGCUUAAGGCAGAGGCAGAGGCAGGUGGGUCUCUCUGAGUUUCAGGCCAGCCUGAUCUACAAAGUAAGUUGCAGGACAGCCAGAACUGUUACAAAGAGAAAUCCUGUCUCAAAAAACAAAACAAAACAACAACAACAAAGUCAACUAAGUGUGAUGGAUUCUUCUCAUUCUUGAAAUGAUGCAAAUUGUGACUUACCAGACUGAAAUACAUGUUCCUUCAGAAUAAAGCCUACAUUUUAUCUUUUUAUUGGCAUUGUUCCAUUUGAAGACAUUUUUCUUCAAAUUAUAAAGCACACUAAAAAUCCUGA